GGGCUUGUCAGCCCUCGGGGCCGCAGCGGCGGCCGCGACCACACUGGGUCAGGCCACGGCGGCCAGCCAGGAGCUGGCGGUGGUGGAGGAGGACAAGAAGCAUGUCAGCGUGCGUCUGGCGGCGGACGGGGAGGACAUCACCAUCGCGAUCCCCCUGGAGAUCAUGGUGAAAGUCGUCAUCUCGCUGGUGGUGGUGCUGGCUACGACGUUGGCGAUGGCCUGGCACUGCUUGUGCAGCCCGAGGCGGGACAGCCAGCCCCAGGGCUCGAGCGGGGCGCCGAAGGAGGCGACGGAGGACGGCAAGAGGGCGGCCAAGAAGCCCAGGAAUAUCUACUGCGACGCGGGGAUCCAGGGGCCGGUGCUCUGCAGCGGCACCCGCUACGUCCACAAGAACCGGGGCUUCCAGCGCGGAGACGAGGUCACGCGCGAGGCCUUGCGAGCGAGUGAGAUGGGGGGGGCCGCGAGACGGCUGAGCGUGGCGCCGCCGGCCGAUGGCCUGGCGAGCGAUGAAGGGAUGGAGUGCUCCGCCGCCGGCCACGUCUUGGCGUGCGGAGUCACGCCGGCGCAUGACGUCAGGCGUAGCGUUUCGAGCGCCCGCGGGCAGCUGGGCGCCUGCGGGCUGCAAGGCGAUGGCGGCGGCGGCUGGGCGCCCGUGGGGCAGCCAG